CGCCGGGAGCGGGGGUGGGGUCGGUUUGAACCGUUGGCCGCUCGGCCCGGCCCGGUUCUGCUCGGGGCUGCUUUUCCCCCUUCCCCUCUCUCCUCUCCUUUCGGAACCAGGUCUAGGAGCUGCGCGGAGCGAGGUUACUUCGUGUUGGUCCAAAAUGAAUGGUGAAGAGGAAGUCUGGGAAAAACUAGAUGCAGAAUUUGAGCACUGUGUUGUGGAUAUGAAGCCUUAUGUUCUAAAACUACAGCAUAGGUCAGAAAGACAGAGGUGUGCACUGUGGAUCAAAAAGCUGUGUGAGCCCUCGGGAGCAGGCACAGGGGUGGUGGAAAGGAAGAAUCGGAACCUUUAUGCCAAGCUCCUGCUCCACAUGCUAAAGAGAGGGGUGCUGGAAGGUCCAUUUACACACAAACCAGAACCAGGAAGACUGAAAACUUUACCUUCCUACAUGUCAAUUUAUUUUGAUGAGCCAAAUUCAACCAGAAUUCAGAGUAGUAGCUCAGACUGCUUACCAGACUGGGUAAUGGGAGAACUGGGAAACAGUGAAUCUAAGCCUGAGGAAUCUUGGAAGACUUCUUCUAAAGAGGAGUCAUUUUUAGCAACAUCAAUUACAUAUGGGGAAAAAUUCCAGUAUAAUGAGAAGCCAGCAUUAAGAUCCCCUUCUAGGAGUCCUCCUCACCGGGCAGAUGAAGAUAACCUUGCCACACCCCUGUCUGAACAUCGUCCUAAAAAACCAAUUUCUUUGGAUGACAGUGACCUGGAAGCACGUCUCAAUAGUUGGAACCUUGGGUUAGAAAAUCCAAGAUAUUUGCGGGAAAAACCGAUGCCAAUGUCUUUGACCAGCCCCAGAGUCAGCCUAGGAAGCAGCAGCUGUUUUCAUGAUGAGCAGACCCUGUUUCGGAUGUAUAAAAAAGAGCUGGAGAUGAAAAUGAAAAUAUCAGAAGGUAGAUUUCAUGAAGAAAAACUUACAUUACAGAAGAAGCAUGAUGUUGAAGUUCAAAAGAUUUUAGAUAGAAAAAAUGAUGAAAUAGAGGUACUGAAGUCUGUCUACAAAACCAAACAAAAUGAAUCCGAGGAGACAAUAAGAAAACUGCAGAAAAAAGUUCAGACUGUUGUUCGGGAGCUGCAAAUUGUCAGAGAAGCAAAAGAGAAGCAGAUUGAGGAGCUGAAGAAGAUGUGUGAGCAAAGCAAUGAUUCCUUGAACAACGAGUGGGAGAAAAGGCUUCACAAUACUGUGGCUGAGAUGGAGAAGAAGAAUUUUACUCUUCAGAAGAAGCACACAGAAAAUAUGCAGGAGCUGCUGGAGGACACCAAUGCUCGCCUGAGCAAAAUGGAGGAAGAUUAUUUGGAACAGCUAAAUUCCACUAACCAGACAGUGAGAAAACUGGAGGCUCGUGUCCAGCAGUUGACUGUGGAGGUGGAAAACAGUAAUUUACAGCGACAAAAAUUAUCUCAAGAGAGGAGUGAUGCAGAACAACGUUACCAGACUCUGUACUCAGAACUCCAAGCAGUGAAAGCAAGGUACAGCUCACUUCAGAAAGACAAGGACCAUAUUAUACAGCAGUAUGAGGAGAACAUGCAGCAGCUACAAAGUAAAUGUGACACUGAUAUAAAUUUUAUAAAGCAGGAACAUGCUCUCUCUGCAGCUAAGGCAUCUGACACGAUUGAAGAAUUACAGCAGAAUGUGUCUCUAUUAAAACAACAGUUACAAGAUUUAGAAGAUCAAAGACAACAACAGCUGAGGGAUCAAGACUACAAACUUCAGCAGGACAAACUUCACUUUGAGCGGAUCUAUGAAAAACAGAUUCAUGAUAUUCAGAGUGAUCUGGAGAAAGAAAAAGAGGAUGCUCAAAAGAAAAUCCGCAAACUGAGAGAAUCUUUGAAGGAGAAGGAGGAGCAGCUGAGUCGGGUGACAGAGGUACAGAGGCUGCAGGCCCAGCAGGCAGAUGCUGCCCUGGAGGAGUUUAAGCGGCAGGUGGAGCUGAAGUCAGAAAAAGUCUAUGCUGAAAUGAAAGAGCAGAUGGAACAGGUUGAAGCAGAUCUAAGCAGAUCUAAAUUGCUCCGGGAAAAGCAAUCCAAAGAAUUCUCCUGGCAAUUGGAAGAGCUCAAGCAGAGAUAUGAGCAACAGAUAGUGGAGCUGAAGCUGGAGCAUGAACAGGAGAAGACGCACCUAUUCCAGCAGCACAACGCAGAGAAGGACGCCCUGGUCCGAGACCAUGGACGGGAAAUCGAGAAAAGGGAAAAACUGCUCCGCGCUGCCAUGGCACAGCACGAGAGUCAAACUCAAGAAAGCAGGAAACGAGAUGCCCAGGUUAUCUGUGAUUUGGAGAACCAAGUCUGCAAGCUGAGGGAAGAGCUGAUCCAGGUGGAUGCUCAGAGGAAGCAGCAGCUGCUGGAGCUGAAGCAUCAGUGGGAAGAGGAGAAGCAGAGGGCAGCUCGGGACCACGAGGCUGCAGUGAAUAAGCUGAAAGCAGAGGCAGAAAUCAUGACAUUACACCUGAAAAAGCUGCACACAGCAGAAACAGAGAAGGCCUUGGACAAGGCACACAGCCGGCUGAAGCAGACUGAGAAGGAGUACAGCCAGAAGCUGGCCAAGUCCUCGCAGAUCAUAGCUGAACUUAAGACAACCAUUUCCUCUCUGACAGAGGAGAGCAGCCGGCAGCAGCUCGCCGCAGAGCAGCGGCUCCAGGAAGUUGUACAAAAGUUGGAAGAUAAGAAGCAGCAGCUGAUUACAGAUAAUGAGAGAGCACUCAAGGUCCUCCAGGAUGAGGUGGAUUCUUACCGCAUCCAGGCGCGGGCUGCGGAGAAGCUGCUGCAGCGCAAGGAGCUGGAGACCCACGAGCAGAUAACCCAUAUCCGACAGGAAUAUGAAACCACCCUCAAAGGGCUGAUGCCAGCAUCUUUGAGACAGGAGCUUGAAGACACAAUUGUCUCUUUAAGAUCUCAGGUAAAUAUUCUGCAGAACACAGUCUGUGUCCUCCAGGAAGAGCGGGAUGCCUGCCACGCCAAAAGGUAGCUGCUGGAGUGGUUGGAUUUCCCUGCUUGCCAAACGGACUGCUUUGAAUAGGUUUGAAGAUUUGGCUCUUGCAAAUUCAAAUGCAAAGAUCAGUGGCUGUUUUCUUAGCACAUAGAGUGUAAUGAAGUUGAUUAAAACACAUCCAUUGCUCAUGCCAGCAUGCUUUUAGUUUUAUCUUCCAUUCUUUUUUUUAUUAUUAUUUUUCUCAUUAUCUUAUUACAGACUUAUGCUUUUGGUAUUCUGUGUGUUUGAGCCUCUGCUCAGCUUGCUCACCCAGCAAGCACUACUAUAUUUUUGUCUAAUUCCCAGUACCAUUCUUUUCACUUUUCUACAUGAAGAUAAUCCCAUUUUCUAUUAUUAUUGUCCAAGAUAUUUUAACAUAUUUUGACAUUGUUUUGUGUCCACGUGUUUACAUAAGAUUAAAAUAUUAUU